GCAAAGCAGUCAACGCCAUUUGGUGUACUACUAGUUUCCCCUUUAACGCUAGUUUCUACUGAAAUAGGGGUUUAAAUUUGGGGAAAAAUCCAAAUAAUAACUGGGUUUUCCACUGUGAAACAAGGAACUACACUAACCGCAAUCUGUUACAGCGGGUUUAUCCACUGAUCCUGCCCCAAAAAAAGCGAUGCUGGUCACCGUUUUCUGCGCGCCGAGGGAUCGCCCAGAAACCACCUUCGCCCUCGAUGUGUCCCCAGAGCUGGAGCUGAGAGACUUUGUAGCACUUUGUGAACUGGAAUCAGGAAUCCCAGCUGGGGAAAUUCAGAUCACAUAUGUAGAACAGCCCCUCAAAGACCCCACUCGUGCCUUGGGGACAUAUGGUGUUAAGGAUGGAGAUGUGGUGGUUCUCAGGCAAGCUGACAGAAGGCCACCACCAACUCAGCCAGCCUUCCCAGGUCUGCCCCAUAUCGACUUUCGUUCUAUCACAGUCCCAGGCACCUCUUCUUCAACCAGUCAGCGUGGUGCAAUAAGGCCACAGCUACAGGCUCCGCAGCAGCAGCAGCAACAACAACAACAACAGCAGCAGCAGCAGCAGCCGCCACAACAACAGCAGCUGCAGCAGCCGCAGCAGUCGCAGCAGCCGCAGCAGUCGCAGCAGCCGCAGCAGUCACAGCAGCAGCGUCCUGCACAACCUUCCACGCCAAUGGCCUUUCGCGGCUCCUCUCCUCAGGGGCUGGACGACCCUGCCUUACUCCAGCAGAUGCUAUUGUCUAAUCCACAUGAGCUUUCACUCCUGAAGGAGCGAAACCCACCACUUGCUGAGGCCCUUCUGAGUGGAGACUUGGAGCGUUUCACUAAAGUGCUGUUGGAGCAACAGCAGGAUCGAGCCAGGAGAGAGCAAGAGAGAAUCAGACUUCUGACUGCUGAUCCUUUUGAUCUGGAAGCCCAAGCAAAGAUCGAGGAAGACAUCAGGCAGCACAAUGUGGAAGAAAACAUGACCAUUGCAAUGGAGGAGGCCCCAGAAAGCUUUGGGCAGGUGGUUAUGCUCUACAUCAACUGCAAAGUCAAUGGCCACCCUGUGAAAGCUUUUGUUGACUCAGGAGCUCAGAUGACCAUCAUGAGCCAAGCAUGUGCCGAGCGCUGCAACAUCAUGCGGCUGGUGGACAGACGCUGGGCCGGGAUCGCCAAGGGAGUGGGCACCCAGAAGAUCAUUGGCAGAGUUCAUUUGGCUCAGGUCCAGAUAGAAGGGGACUUCCUUCCUUGUUCUUUCUCCAUUUUGGAGGACCAACCGAUGGACAUGCUACUGGGCCUGGAUAUGCUGAAGAGACACCAGUGUUCGAUUGACCUGAAGAAGAGCGUGCUUCUAAUAGGCACUACAGGCACUGAAACUCGCUUCCUGUCUGAGGCAGAGCUGCCAGAGUGUGCCCGACUGGCAUAUGGAGCAGAGGGGCGUGAAGACGCCCGUCCAGAUGAGAUAGCUGACAGAGAACUUGCAGAGGCACUUCAGAGGUCCAUACAAGAAAGCGACACUGCAGAUGGACAAACUACCUCACCACAGCCCCCACCAUUUACAUUACCCAGAACCUUAGACCAAAUGUCCUCAUCCACCUCCCCCUCCCAAAACCCUUCCUCUGGCCAGCCCCAGACCCUGGAUCGCUCUCAGUCUGCCCCGGCCGCCAUGGAGCAGGCCUCAGCACCAGGGCAGUGCCAGGACCAACCUGGCUUUCAGGAGCUUCUUCGGCCUUCGACCCUAGCAGAGGCUGCUGGUUCUACAACCCAUCAGGUCCAGCCUCACCCUCUGCCUGUCCAUAGCAACUCUGAAGUGCCCCCUGUACCCAGUCCCUCAACAGACAUCCUCCCCACACAUACCCCUCCUGCAGACAUGCCAACGUUAUCCCAGUAUCCAGAGGGUGAGGUACUUUGUACAGCCACAGAGGGUGAUGCUGAUUCAUUUGAGGUAGUGAACAGCUCCAUGCUCCCGCAUCCAGAGGAACUUUCCCCCAUUCAACCCAUGGAGCAGGAGAUGACUGAGUUUGACACAGCUGAUACCACUGAAGCCUGUCCAAGUGUUACUAGCCAACCUGACUCGGUUGAAAUGGAGUCCCCCACUACCUCCCACGGCGUGGUGACCUCGGAGAGGGACCAGCCUGAAGGAGAGCGCUGCUCCAGCUCCGACAGCAUCCCCUCACUGGCAGCCGCUCUGAUGGAGCUCCACGAGCUGCUAGUAUCCAACAACCGACAAAACCACAGCACCUCCUGCUCCCCCUCACAUCCGUUCAUACAGGACACAGACGAAGUGGCCCCUGAGCCACGCACCCCAACACCCGAAAACACCCAGCCUACCCCAUCUACUGCCAUUACAGCUGGUGAAGAACCAAGCGAUGCCAAAGCCAACCAUGUUGCUGCUGUGUCUGAUGAGGGACCAUCUAAGUGUCUUGUGCCUGACUUGUCUGGCCAGGAUGAACAUCUUGGCGGAGAUACAGCAGAGACUGUGGAGGAACAAGGGCCGCCACAGCAUCCUGAUUGCUCCAGGGAGAGGGGGGCAGAUAGAUGUGGGUUAGAUGAAGCCAGUAACAUCAGCAUUUCCCAGACUAAGCAAGAGGUUCCUCCUGAUCCUGCUGGGAACCUGGAGUUCAGGGAACCUCCUGAGGGGCAGCAGGGGCGAGGGGUUGCAGAUGGACAAGCCUCUGGCAACAACACCCCAGACACUCUUGGCCUCCAGACUGAGCAGACUCUUCUCAGCCCUUUGUCUAUGGCAGUGGGCUCACCUGAAGAAGUCUCUAGCACCUCAUCCUCUUCUGUCCCCCCUCUUGCUCAGCCUCCCCAGCCUACAUCUGCAGCCCCUCGUCUCCCUUCUCCGCAUCCCUUUAUAGAACAAUUUCCAGCUGAGCACAUCCAGAGAAUCCAGGCAGCAGGCUUUUCUGCUAGGGAGGCUGCAGAGGCACUGGAACAAGCCCAUGGGGUUGUGGAGCUAGCUCUGCUGGCACUACUAGCCCGCAGUAUCACUGUGCCCACCUAGACUCAUAACCACUCAUGCGAGUCCCCAGCCUCCCAACUCAGCAUCUGUCUUAUUUAUACCUUGUUACUGAUCCAGAUGUCUCAGUCCCUUUUUAGCAGGGAGCACGUAUAAACACAGGGAAAUGCUGUCUCUUGGUUUGUCAUACAGAAUAUCCAAGAUCAAACAGGACAACUGGUAAUACUUUUCUGGAUAUAACAGAUAUGUGAGGUGUGUUUGCAUGCAGAUGUUUUGGGUGCCCACCCAUUUCAUUGGUUUUUAGAGAUUUGGUAUGAUAGAUUGAUUUUCUCUUUGUUUUGUUGUCGCAACAUUGACAUAUUAUUAAAUGCCCAGUGUGUGACUGGUUCUUUAAAUAUUGUUAUAAUUUCCCCUUUGAUAUCUCAUGAAGUUACUAUUGAGCGAGAGUAUAAUUUGUGGAGCAUCGAUGAAAUAAUCUCAGACUGGAGUAGCUGUUAUUCUACUCCCCAUGCCAGAAUAACACCGUCUGGUCAGCUUUAGAUCAUUCAGCACAAAUAUGGAUAUUUGAAGCAAUUUGCCAAUUAAAAAAAAUAAAUAAAUAAAAAAUAAAAAGCAUCAUGUUGAUUUUUGUUGAUGUUUGUGGCCCCUUCAAUUCACAAAUCAGAACCCGAUUAUAAAGAAGCGACAUUGUGGGAACUGCUGCAGUUUCCCAGGGUUGAUCAUUUUUGAUCAAGUUUACAAAUCAUUUCUACAGUUACGUAGAAAACCCCUAAAUUUGCAGCCAUUAUCACACUGAAAUAUCAAGUGAGCCACAAGUGUUUGUUGAAGUAUGAUCAUAGAUGGCAUUUUUUUUUUUUAAAUCAGUAUGUGUAUAACAGAAGGUAUCUUGUACUGUAUGUAUCAUUCUCCACAGUUUGAAAGCUUUGCCAUGUGUAGAUUUCAAAAUUGUUUGUAGCUCCUGUUCAAAAAGUCCAUUUUGUGUCAAACCAUCAUAGUGUGUGUGUGUUCAUACCUUUAAAAACAUCCAUUUUCAUUUUGUAAUCUGUUCAAAUAUGGCCAUUCACGACUGUCAAAUGUUUUGUCAGUACGUCAUAUAUCAAGGAUUUUAAUGGCUUUAUUUGAGUCAUAUACCAACAAUGUUCAGGCAGAUUGAAUUAUUUACUUUUAUCUUGUAUGAAAUUUUAAAUUGCAAAUAAAAUGGAACUAGUAUUUGUA